CUUUACGACAUACCCUGUAAGGUAUGCCGGGAUCACUCUUCGGGAAAGCAUUAUGGCAUAUUCGCCUGCGACGGAUGUGCCGGUUUUUUCAAACGGUCGAUUAGAAGGAACCGUCAAUACGUAUGCAAGGCGAAAUCCGAGGGUGGUUGUAUGGUCGACAAAACGCAUCGGAAUCAAUGUCGUGCCUGUCGAUUGGCAAAAUGCAUUCAGGCCGGCAUGAACAAAGACGCUGUGCAACACGAACGAGGCCCACGUAACUCGACACUUCGUAGACAAAUGGCUCUAUUCCUUAAGGAACCUGAAAUUAUGAAUAGCAUGGUAGCACCGCCGCCAACGGCUUUAGACCUUGUUCUACCUAAAGCGCCGUCGGAACCACGCGUCUCCGUACCUGGACCGUCGCCCCACCCUCCCCUUCCGCAUCCAGCGUAUUGCAACGCAUUGACAUUAUCAAAAAAUCCAUUUACAAAAUGUAAGCCUUUUUCUGGAAUCUUGGGAGGUUGGGAAACUCAUUUCCAACAGCGACGAAACGUUGGGGAUCAUUGUCUAUUCCAGAUGCCAUCGAAUAUACCGAAUCUACAGUUACCGUUUAUACCUUCGAUCAAUCCCGAGUCUAUAUGCGAGCAGGCCGCGAGGUUGCUCUUCCUGAACGUGCACUGGGCACGAGAUUUGGUGUCGGCGACGAGUCUCGUUAUGGAGGAUCAGCUGACGUUGCUCGAGUCUUCCUGGCGCGAGCUCUUUCUGUUGGCCGCCGCGCAAAUGAUUCCUACCCUGGAUCCCACGCCUUUACUGCCGCCGAGUCUUCAGAGUAUCGGGCUCGCGAUCGAAGUGAACCGUUUCCGCGAGACCCUGGCCGGCUUCCACGCGAUGAACCUAGACCAACACGAGUUCGCCUGCAUUAGGGCGAUAGUGCUCUUCAAGGCCGGUCUGGACAGCGAAUCGGUGUCCAGCAGUAGGAGCACCAGCAGCAACUCGCCCAGUCCCGGAAGUCGGCUUAGAGACGCGGUCUGCGUUGCUCGGUUGAUGGACAGCGCACAACUGGCUUUAGGCCAACGACUCAGCGGGGCCUCCUACGGGACUCUCAGGCUUAAUAAGCUGCUACUGCUGUUACCUACCUUGCGAUCCGUAUCUGCACAUGCCAUCGAGGAGCUCUUCUUCAGAACAACGAUCGGCGUAAUCCCGAUUGAAAGGAUCAUCUGCGACGUGUAUAAGGCAGCCUAACGCAACAGACCCGUCCCGACAAAGCAAUAUGAAACUUGAGGGAAAUAUUUGUUAUGUUUUUGUUCUGGCUCAUUAAGA